UUUCACAUCACCAACGUUCAGUUAUAAGGUUGGUUCCCUCCGUAAAAUAUUCAGUAUGCCUUCGGAAUAUACAAAUAUUAACAGAUCGUAACAUUGUCAAGCUUGUCAAUAACGACUAUUUAUGUACCUGUCUAUACAGUAAUAUAUAUACAGAAAUCAUGAUUAGAGAGAUCGUUUUUAUCGUCUUGUUAUUUCCUGUAACCCAACAGUAUCCAUUAGAAAAAAAGGAAAUUGUAUUAUCGGAAUCAAGAUUACAAAACGAAUCUCCAAUUAAAUUCAACUUUAUACAAAGUACUACACCAUACCAUUUGACGAAAGCACAUACCUUAGAAAGAAAAUCCCGAAAUGUAUUCAAAUUACCAGACUAUGUUUUGGAUGGUAGAAGAGGAAAAGUCAAUAAGUCAGUUCACCCUUCUAAAUCUAAAUUAAAUAAACAAAUUUCUUCUAACGGCGUAACUAAAUCCCGGAAUGAAUUCAAGUUACCAAACAAUGUUUUGAAAACAAAAGGACCAAACGUAUGGACAACAAAAGGACCAAACGUAUGGAAAAGAAAGCGACCAAACGUAUGGAAAACAAAAGGACCGAACAUGUGGACAACAAAAGGACCAAACGUAUGGAAAACAAGAGGACCAAACAUGUGGAAAACAAAAGAACCAAACAUGUGGACAACAAAAGGACCAAACGUGUGGAAAACAAAAGGACCAAGCGUGUGGAGAACAAAAGGACAAACAGACAAGUUAACCCAUUAUAAUAUCAAAACAACAUCUACAACGUCUGCAAAUAUUUGGAAAACAAAUGUACCAACCGUCAUGCCAAAAGAAAACGUAACGAAGCUGUCUCAAACAACUGGUGAAACAAAUAAUAUUGGUACGGUUAUAGGACCUAUUGUUGCAUUUGUUCUUAUAUUAGUUGCUGUUAUAAUAGUAUGUUUAUUAUAUAAAUCUAAAUUCAUCAGAAUAAAUUGUACAAGGCAACGCCAAACCAUAAAUGGAGAAAUUCUUAAUCAAACGGAUAUUGAACGACAACUGAUAAACGGACAAAAAGAACCGAUCGGGAUUGUCGUAGAGAAUGGUUCCGAUUAGCAUAUCUGGAAUUAUGAUUUUUAAGGCAUUGUGAAAGUAGUUCUCAAACUACGGUCAUUGUUCGUGCGAGCUAAUGUUAUAGAUUCCGAAAGAGAAUCUCGUGAAUAUAGAGAUGAAAAAUCGGAUUUCACUAUGUGAACCGCCUUACAAUUAUGAACCUGGUUCCUUUGGCCAGAUUUUUUUUAUGAAGAGGCAAUUAAAUCCGAGGAAUCAAUACUGCUGUGCUGUAUAAUGUGGAUAUUCCUGCAUCUAACAGUUUAUGGUUUAAUAUUACUGACAAUUACAGAUCGGAGCAAACGAAACCAGUCAAACAUUGGAUGUGAACAAUAUUACACAACAUUUACCGGACCAACUUGC